UUCUAGCUGGUGAUGCACAAAACGAUCCACUGACACAUCCGGAAUUAUGGCAACGAAAUCAGAACAUCGAUCAACAACGGAAAGUACCUCAAAAGGGGUUAAUGGUGCAGUUGAUGUGCAUACUUUGGAAGUGGAAACAUUCAACGGUUUUGAAGAGAAUGGAAUAUGUCAUGAGUCAACGUCAUCGAUCACUGAUCAAGGUGGUAAUGGAGAUAUGACGAUUGCGAAGACACCAGCAGCUAACGACGGUGAUGUGUCGCCGUCAUCGUUACGGCGGAGUACACGUGCAUGUGCGUUGAAAGCUGCGGAACGCAUCAAGCUAAAGGAAACGCUGACGCCGGUGAUGGAUGGUGUAGCAUCACACAGCGGUGAGGGUUACAUUUCUGGAGCCGAAAAUGAUGAUGAGGAACCACGUGUGAAAAAGAAGCGUUAUGCAGAAGGUCGAACAUUGGACCAAACCGAUUGUAAAUUUGGAAUUAAAGUUGAAAAUGAUGAAGUGCUAUUGAUGAGCGAUGAAUCCGAAUUGUCGAGUUUAAAUGACACAGAAUUCGAACAAGUCAAAAAGGUUUUUGAUCGAGCUCUGCAUCGAGAACAGACAGAUGAGCAAAAGAAGGAGCGCGAAAUGAUGGUUAAAGCUCUAGAAGCUGAGCUAAGAAGAGAGGAGGCAAAACUUUCUAUGCUUAGAAAGCUACGAAUAAGUCAACAGCAUUCCGUGAAACAGAUACAAGAAGCAAAUAUUCGAAAACUGACGGCUAAUGUUGCUCAGAAUGGUAGUGGCCAUGCUUAUAAACCGCCAGUUGCUGCUGUACAAAAUCGAUCUACAUCUAAUAGUCACUCGAAAGCAUCAACUUCAAACACAUCGUCGCGUGCAGUUGCAUCUGCUGCAUCAGCUGCAGCAGCGUUAAUGAAUCUGAAUUUGACACCACAACAGCAGCAGCUAUUACAGAAUGCAGCUAAAAGUGGCUUGCUGAAUACAGCUGCGGCUCAAGCGUUACUGCAACAAGCUCAACAGCAAGCUCAAACUAAUAACGGUCGCUUAACUCAACAUGCGGCAGCUUUAGCAACCGCUGCACUUCUCUCACAACAUCAGCAACAACAACAACAACAUCAACAACACCAUCAUUCACGAAACAGUGCUGCAGCUGCAUUGGCCGCUAAGGAAACCGCUGCUCAAAGAGCUGCUGCAGCUAAACUUGCGCUACGGAGACAGUUGGAGCAACAGUUAUUGCAAAUCCCUCCACCACGACCUCCACCUCCGGAUAUGCAUUUUAUCCCUAAUGGUAAUCAACCAGAUUUUCUAAUGUAUUUGGGUUUAGAUAUCGCUGUUCAAAGGUUGUUAAAGGAUAAAUUAGCUACCAAACGUGUCACAGAGGGGCCUUAUUUAUGCGAAGAAUGUGGUACCGAUUUUACACCGGUUUGGCGUGCCAUCGGAGCAGAUGAGAAUUCACUAAAUCUUUACUGUGACGCAUGUGUGAAAGCAGCGCAAAAGAAGAAGUUGCGUCAGGAGCAUACUGCAUUGCUAAGGAAAGCUUUCAAUAAAGUUAUGGAAAAAGAACAAGAAUUGGAAAAUCAGAUAGCAGAAGGCAAAUUCGAAGCGCCUAUGCCUUCGUCAUCAACACCUCGCUCAUCAACGCCAGCCACACCACCUCUUAACGCAGCUGCUUUGAAAACAGCACCCUCUUCCUCCGGUGCCUCAAUUAAUGCACCAAAAGCUUCUACUUCUUCCGCAAGCCAUCAACAGCAUCAUAACAAACCAGGUUCAUACAAAAGGCCUGCAACAGCGAGCAGUAACACUGCAGCGCAAGCUGCCUCGCAGAAUGCUGCAGCUGCGGCUGCUGCUGCGGCACUUGCUGCAGCAGCAGGUGCAACCGGUACGAGUAAUUUCUUACAGCAGCAGAUGGCAGCAGCAGUAGCACUUCGACAAACAAAUCCUAUGCUUGCAGCUAUGAUGGCGAAUCCCUUGCUCAAUGCACCAAAUAUGUUGCAGCUACAAUGGAAUCCACUAAUGCAGCAGCGUUUACCCAAUUUGGCAAUGGCAGCACUUGCUCAGGCGGUUCAAAAUGCCCAACAAAGCAGUGCAUCCGGAAAUGUUGCAUCGACUGCUGCCGCUGCAGCAGCUGCGACUAGUCCCUUGGCAGCAUUAGCAGCUUCGAUGAAUCCGGCCGCUGCAGCUGCAAUGUUUAGCAGUAGCCCGCAGAUGGUACGACAGUUGCAACAAGCACAGCAAGCGAUGCAAAGGAAUUUCCUGUUAGAAUACGCAAAAAGUCAGUCGAAGAAAUGACGUCGUUAACAAAGAAGGUAAAUAUUCCGUUCUGUUUUCUGUCUGGUGAUAUGAAGUGAUAUAUAUGCAUAUGAUAUGGUAUGUUGUGGCAUGAUAUGGUAGCGGUGAUUUAGUAGGUGCAUAUAUUGUUUUGCACUUGGGAAUCAUUAUGUGUAUGUUAAAUUAUAUUGAUAUUUUUAGGUUACUUCAAGGCUUAAUUAAGUUAAAAAGAGUUACUGAUUGCUGCUGUUUCAAUACCUUAAUCCCAUCUAUCAUUCCUUUCCCUUAUUUAUCCUUUGAUGGUAAAGUUAGCAUAUUGCAUAAAAGUUUGAUGUCAUUAUGG